CAUGAACUAACGCAUGCAGCUGCACAAACUGCAGUUUAUUGUACAUUCAUCAUGUAUCGCGCCCAUGGGGUCGGGCGACAGCCACACGCUCCAACACCACGACUCCCACCUCCCAUGAGCAAUCGUGGCCUAUCAAACCAGACACGCCUUAAUAUCUGCCGCUUUCUCCUACUCGGCUGGAACCAUCAGACUAUUGCUAAUUGUGAAGGCUGCUCGCUCCACGCUGUCAGGAAUGUUGAGGACAACUUAGUAGAUUCUGGUUCUGUGCAGAAGGUACCAACUGGCGUUCUGGGUCGACCAUCGAAGAUAGACGUAGAGGAUGGGGGGAAUUAUUUGACCGUCUUUUCAGGAGUGUGUGGUUAUACCAGGACUAGAUAUGUACUGGUUGUUUAUGGAGAGAGGCGUACAUUGCUCACAGUCAACUGUGUCGCGAUACCUAGCAAAGCAGAACUGGACCCAGAAGACUAUACGACCAUUCUCCAUACAUCGCAAUGAACACCUACGAGAGGCAUACCGACAGAGUCUCAGACGCUUUGCCGCUGAUGAUCUGGUGUUCCUAGACGAAUCUAUUAUUCAACGAGAAGUGUGGGUGGCGGCACAAAGCCUAUGGCCCAGUUGGACACCCAAGCCGCUACACACAGGACAUAAGAUGGGGAGACACAUACGCAAUUCUACCAUCAUACACUGUCAAUGGGUACCUGCCAUGCACUGGUAUCAAAAAGGGUUACUUCAGUCAUGAGGACUUUGUGGAAUGGAUAACCAAUCAAUCGCUGCCCAUUCUGCGAACACACUACGGCAACAAGCUCAUGGUAAUCAUUCUAGACAAUGUCAAC